GUCCUCGAGUCAAUCACAAUUUUUGCGACGUCAAAAAAAUAAAUACUACAUACUAAAAUACAAGUUCAUUUGAAACAUUAAAUUGCUAUCACAAAAAUACUCUUUUUUGUUAAUUAAAUUUUUUUUUUUUUUUGUAUUUAUUAUUAAAAAAUGUGUUUUGUGACUGUCAAGUGAUGAAACAAACAUUAAACUGCAUUAAACUUUAACAAUUAAAUAUUAUAUUGGCAUGAGUACUGCAGUGAAACAACAAUCAAUCAACAUAAUGCAACGAGGAUUGUUUUUGUGAUUUUCAAUUACCUAAUUAAUCAUCAACUUUGUAAGAAAAAUUACGACAAGUUUUAGUAGCACUUUAUUAUAUCAUAAAAAAACAUUUUGAUAAACCCUCAAUGCUUACUCUACGCCUUGUGUCAACACAUUUUUUAAAGCAACCAUAGGUAGCUACAAUUUGCCUCGGAAAACUUAUUAAAUAUUAUUUAUAUGAUGUGCCGUGAUAAAGAUAUGAAUCCUGUGCUACAAUUAUUGUGCUCAACAUUAAAAAUUAAAACAAAUAAUUGAUUUAAUAAUACAAAUAGCAGUCGUUGCUAUUACGGUUUUUCAUCUGAAUUAUCUGUCAUACUUCAAUCUGUGGAGAGCUGCAAAAGAGUGCAUUUGCGGCAGUGGGUCGCGGUGCAAACGGAUGGGAAUGAAACGAGUCCAGCAACAGGAUUCUCUUCAAGAGAAUCAACAAAAUAAAAAUCAGAUUCCACAACAAAUAUCAACAUCAACAUCAACAUCAUCUACAUCGACAAAUACAAUAAUAAUACGUGGACAAAAAAACAAUGAAAAAGAUGAAUCAAAAUUUUCAAGAGUUAAACGUGUUUUAACUGGUUCAUUACUACUUGGUCGUGGUAAUCGUGAAAAUAUAAAACGUUUUUUUGGUGUUAAUAUUGAAGAUGUUGAAUCGUACAAUGACACUGGUAUACCAUAUGUCGUAUAUAGACUGUGUAAUUAUAUUGAAAAUAAUGCAUUUAAUAAUCCAACAUUGUUUCGAUUAUCUGGUGGUAAUCCAAGAUUAACUGAAAAAUUACGUAAUUCAUUUGAAAGACGUGGUGAUGCUGAUCUUGAGGGUGCUGCUUGUCCAUCAACAGCAGCAACAUUAUUACGACAAUAUUUUAAAGAAUUACCACAACCACUUGUACCAUCAUCAAUGGUUGCACGACUUGUACAUAUUCAUUCUCAAGAAUUUGAAAAUAAUCAUGAAGCAUGGAUAGAAUUGACAAAUCAAUUGCUACAAAGUUUGCCAACAUGUCAUUAUAAAUUAUUGAGUUAUUUAAUAAUUUAUUUGAGCAAAUAUGAAUCACGUCAUGGACGAGAAUGUGGUGUUUGUGGUGUAUUUGCACCAGUUGUAUUACCCCAUGUACCACCAGCAACAACACUUCUCCGAGAUAUUCUCAAUGAAACAUCCAGACUAUUUAAAACACCAAAUUCCAUUUUCAGAGAUUCGAGCGACAAUUCUACUAGCCUAAUAACAAUUACCAAGGAUAAUAAUAAAGAUAUACUUUUCGCGCUGAAACCGCGUAAAAGAAAAGAUAAUAAUUGUGAAAAUUGUUGUCAAGAAAAUAAAUUGAUAAGAAGUAAUAGUGAAGAAAGAAUUUUAGUUAAUUCAACUAAAGAAUCAAAUAAAUCAAUAAGAAGAGUAAGCAGCCACGAGGAUUUUAAAACUUAUCGUCGUUUACAUAUUUUACAAUCAAUUGGCCAAGAGAUGGGUCACGGAGUUCGUUGUGGAGGUCUACCUCUUCAUGAACGAUCAACAAAUAUUUCACCAGUACCACCACCAGCAGCAGCAGUAACACAAGCAGCUUUACCAUCACCAUGUCAUCAAAUAAUAACAACAGAACGUCAAGAAUUUGAUGUUGAAAAUUUACGUUGUACUGAAAGAUUUAGUCGAAGUAUAAUACCACGUGGACGUCGUCAAGCACGUAGAAGAAAAAUUAAACUUUGUCAAAAUAAUAAUAAUAAUAAUAAUGAUGAUGAUGAUCAAAGUAAAGAAAAUGAUAAUAAUAAUAAAACUGAUGAAUCAUUUUAUUUCGAAUCAUCAUCAAAAAAUAAUCAAUCAACAACAGCAGCAGCAGCAGCAGCAUCAGCAACUAGUCAAAGUUUUUUAGAAAUGUUAAAUAGUGGACCCAGUAGAUCACCAUCACCAGCUCGUGCACUUGCUCGAGCAAGUGAUGAAGAUCCAAAUGAUCCAGAAAUAACAAAUUGGCAUUAUCAACAUCUUACCAAUGAAAAUUUAAAUAUUAUUAAUAAUGAAGAAAAAAACAAUGAAAAUUCAACAUAUCAUAUUAAUACAACAUUAUCACCAAGAAAUUCUCAAUUACUUUCAACAAGAAGAUUUUAUAAUGAUGAAAAUGACAAUUACGAAGACGACGAUGAUGAUUCAGAAUUAUUUAAUUUAACAACAAUACCACCAUUACCAUUACUACCACCACCACCACCACCACCACCAUCACAAAUAAUUAAAAAAAUUACAACAACAACAACAACAGAUAUUGAGUUGAAAAAUUUAACAAAAAAAAUAAAUGGCUUAAAGAAAAAAAUAAAAAAAUAUGAAGAACAAUUUGAAGAAAUGAAUGGCUAUCGUCCAAGUCAUUCAGAUAAAAUGAAUAAUCGUGAUAUUAAAAAAUUACUUGUUGAAUUAAAUAAAUUACGUAAAGAACAUAAAUUAUUAAAAGAAGAUUCAAUAAAUACAAAUAUAUUUCAUAAUAAUAAUAAUAAAAUAAAUAAAAUUGAUAAUUUAUCAUUACAAUGUAAAUUAAAAAAUAAUAAUAAUAAUAAUAAUAAUGGUAGUGAAAAAUCAAAUGCAUUAUUGAUGGAAGAAAUGGUUAAAGAUAUGGAAAAAAAAUUAACAGAUAAACGCUUAAAAUUAAAUAGAAAUAAAAAUAUUGAAGAAUAUAAUUAUGAUGAAUUAUUAGAUGAAAAAACAUCAUUACAAAAAGCAUUAUUACAAAUUGAGAGUAUUUUUGGUAGAGCAGUAUCAAAAGAAGAUCGUAUUGUUGUUCGUCCACUUUAUGAUAGAUAUAGAACAUUAAAAAGAUUAUUAAUUCGUGCUAGUUCAAGUAAACACAAAGAUAGUAUAUCUGAAUUGGCAACAAUACUUGAACAUGAGGCAAUGGAUUUUACAUCAUCAUCAUCAUCAUCAUUAGUAAUAAAUGAUGAAAAUAAACAACAACAACAACAAGUUACCCUAAAUGAUUGUAUUGAUUCAUCAUCAUUAUUUACAACAGAUAGUGAUAGUCAACAGAGUAGUAGUGAAGAAAGUCGUGGUAUUGCUGCUGUUGUUGUUACUAGUGGAACAAGUGAAAUUUUACACUCAAUGCCAUAUGAUGAUUUAAUUGCACAAAAAAUUAUAAUAAGAGAAGAAAAAAAACGUUUAAGAAGAUCAUUAAAAGAAUUUGAAAUGGAAUUUGAGCUAAAAACUGGUAGAAAAAUGCAAAAAGAUGACAGAGGUAAACAAAUACAAAUUAUUUAUGAAUCUUAUAAACAAACAAAGGGUAAAUUACGUUUAAUUGAAGCAUUGAUUGCUAAAAAUGGUUGACCAAAUUGUUAUUUAUUUAUUUUUUUAUUUUACUUACAUUUUACUAACAUUAUUAAUGAAUAAUAAAUAUUUAUUUAUAAUCUUAUGGAAAAAUGUUGAUUAAAAAUAAUAAAUUGUUCAAGUUUAUCAGAUGAAUCAGCGUCAAGU